UUGGUUAAUUAGAGGGGCGUGGUUGCGGGGGCGGAGCCGCGGGCGGGCUUCCUGCGGGCGCCUUUGCGCUGACCCCCGGCAUGGCGGUGAUGGGGGUGCAGGUGGUGGUCACCCUGCUGGCCGCCAGCCUGAUGCAGAAGAUGGCCCCGCACUGCUCCUUCGCCCGCUGGCUGCUGUGCAACGGCAGCCUGUACAGGUACAAGCACCCCUCGGACGAGGAGCUCUGCGCCCUGGCCGGGAAGCAGCGCCCCAAGAGCAGGAGGGACAGGAGGGCCAGCGGGGUGGCCGAGGACAAGCCCCUGUCGGUGCCACGGGACAUCGAGCUGCAGCUGGACACCAGCCCCAUCACGGCCGUGGACGCGCUGGUUCUGCGCCAUUUCCUGGAGUACCAGUGGUUCGUGGAUUUCUCCGUCUACGCCGGCGCCGUGUACGCCUUCAGCGAGGGCUAUUUCUGCCUGGUGAGCCCGGCCCGGGAGAGCAACCUGGGCGUGCUCUGGUGCCUGCUCACCGUCCUCUUCUCCGUCAAGGUGUUCUGCGUGGUGAUGCGUCACUAUUUCCGCUCCGAGGAGGGCGGCGAGCGCUCCGUGUGCCUCACCUCCGCCUUCUUCUUCCUGCUGCUCGCCAUGCUGGCCCUGGUGGUGCGCGAGGACUACCUGGAGUUCGGCCUCGAGGCCGGCCUGGCCGGAGUCUCCUCUAACCUGGAGCCCAUCCUGAAGCCGCGGGGCUGGGAGUGGACGCUGCCCCUGGCCAGGCUGGCCUUCAAGCUGGGGCUGGUGGCCCUGAGCUCCUUCCUGGGCGCCUGCCUGACCUUCCCGGGGCUGCGCCUGGCACAGACACACCUGGACGCGCUCAGCAUGGCAGCUGGCAAGCCCCUGACACAGCUCCUGCUGCACGUGGGGUUCGUGGCCCCCGUGCUGGUGGUGCUGCUCUGGGUCCGGCCCCUGGCCCGGGAUUUCCUGCUCCAGGCCCCGCUGGGCAAGCAGACGGUGCAGAUCCUGUCGGACGCGGCCUUUGACACGCUGCGGCUCUGGGCCGUGGUGGCGCUGUCGCUGCUGCGGCUGCUGGGGACGCGCCACCACCUGCAGGCGUACCUGGCGCUGGCCGAGCGCUGGGUGCGGCGCAUGCGGCGCCAGGCGGGGCGGAUCCCGGCCCGGGACAUCCAGCGGCAGAUCUCCAGGAUUUACUGCUACGUGUCGGUGGUGAGCCUGCAGUACCUGGGCCCCGUGAUCCUCACGCUGCACUGCGUCCUGCUGCUCAAGACGCUGGGUCAGCACUCCUGGGGGCUGUACCCCGCCGUGUCCCCCGCCGUGUCCCCAGCAGCGCCGGCGGCCCCGCCGCGCCCCGAGGGUGGCCCUGGGGACGCCGAGGACGUGCAGGUGGUGGUGCAGGAGAUCUCGGGGCUCCUGGGCUGCAUCUUCACCCCGCCCUUCUUCCGAGGACUCUUCUCCUUCCUCACCUGGUGGGUGGCCGCCUGCCAGGUGAUCACCAGCCUCUUCGGGCUCUACUUCCACCAGUACCUGGCAGCGUCCUGACUGGGGGCACUGGGAGGGACUG